AUGGACGCCCACUCACUCAUCGGCGCCGCCUCCGCGUCGUUGAGCCCGACCUCCCCCGUCAGCGCCCGCCAUGGCCCGGCCAUGAAGAGGAAGAGAAGCAUCGGCGCUCUCGACAGCAGUCCCGGCAGCGAGAACCCCGACAAUGAGGACCAGUCCCUGCUCGAGCGCGAAAAGAAGCGCCAACCCGGCGUCAAGCGCGCCUGCAACGAGUGUCGACAGCAAAAGUUGAGAUGCGAUGUCGUACAAGAGCCCUUUGCGAGCUGCUCGAGGUGCAAUCGCCUCAAGCUCGAGUGCAAGAUCGAGUCAAACUUUAAGCGAAUCGGCAAGCGCUCAAAGCACGCCGAAAUGGAAAAGGAGAUCGAUCGACUCCGGCGCAAUAUUGCACAGGCCAGGGUACAAGGCUACACCAUGGACGAUGAAGACGACUUUCAACACUCGCAACUCCAAUCUCCCAUUGCCAACAGCGCCUAUACACAUACUCGAAACCCCUCUCUGAUGGGUUCGGAUGAGGCUGUCAAUUCCCUCCUCACGCUCAAGAGGGGUGGCUCCUAUAGCGUUGCGACACACUAUGCCUAUGAGCUCGAGACGGUCCGCUUGACCGAGGGAGACGUCAAUAGUCUGUUUAAGGAGUUCUUCACGCAUUACCACCGCUUCCUCCCAUUUCUCAACCCAGACCAACCUCCCGAUCUUUACUUUCAGCAGCAUGCCCUGCUCUUCUGGACCAUUAUAGCUAUUGCAUCACGACGGUACAGGGCCAAGCCAAUCUUGGCAGAGCUGGCCAGCGGCCCAUUCCAUAGGCUUCUCUGGGGCACAGUCGGCGACGUGCCGAAUAGUUAUUUCGUCGUCAAGGCCCUUUGCUUGAUUUGCACGUGGCCCCUUCCCACGAGCACUACAACGGCUGAUCCUACUCACAUUCUAUGUGGAGUCAUGAUGAAAGCUGCCACUGGAAUCGGUCUGCAUCGGCCUAGCCAUACACAAGACUUUUCCCGAGUCUCUGUUGAGUUGAAUAAGGACCAGCUUCAUGACCGUGUCACGACGUGGGCCGUCUGCAACAUUGUCGCACAGCACGUGGGUACAGGCUAUGGCCAGCCCGCUUCGAGUCUCUAUGAUUGGACCCUUGCCAUUCGCCCAGGUGAAGAGGGACCCUUCACGCUGAGCACUGAGCUUGAGGCUAGACUCAGAAUUGAGAGAUUCUGUGACAAGGUUUCCAAGGAAAUGUAUAGUAACGCCAGCGAUCCUCGAGGUGUUGCCGGUGAUGAGCACCGCGCCAUGUUGAUGCGAGUCUACCGCCGGGACUACCAAGAGUUGCAGGCAUCCGUCAUGUCGCAACACUUGUCAUCCGUGGUCGAAGCUCACCUCAAAGCUGCAGCCGUGCAUCUGCGCCUCGCUGGUUUCUUUGACUCUAGCAAGACGCCUGGCUAUAUGGAUGACUUGAUGGGGUUGUGGCGUGCCAUUACCAGUUUCUUGGACCUCCUUUUCCUGGAUAGCAACAUUGAUAUCCUGCUGUAUGCCACCAACUACAUGCAACAAAUGCUCGUAGCAGCCGGCUUCGCGCUCUUGAAGCUGAUGCGAUCAUUCUUUGCCAAGACCACCUCAGAUUUUGAGCGUGGCAGGACCCUAUUUCAUAACACGAUUCAAGCAAUCAGACGAACCAGCAUUCAGAACAACGAUCUUCAGUGGAGGUUGGCUGAGUUGAUGGUUCAGAUGUGGAACGGGGCGAGAAUUGAUCAGACCAAGACUUCUUACCACGAGACUGACCCGUUGGAGAUUGACGACAGCCUACAGCUCAAGGUCCGCUGUCGACACAGUAUGAGUCUCGUGUUUGAUUCCAUCUGGCGAUGGAGGGAAGACUACCAGGCACAGGGCCGUGGAUCGCUUGACUCUCUCAAACAACCGACUAAUCCGGACUCAGCUAACGAGUCGUCAGCAUCUUCGACACACCUGGAUAGCACUCUCAUGGCUCCCACAAACAACCUCCCCAACCUCAUGGCAGCAAAUGGCGCCUUGACGCCCAAUGCCACUAGCGGAAUGAAUGCUGGACCAAGCAGUAUGAUUGCUGGCAUAAACUACGGAAAUGAUCCGAAUUAUGACUUUUUCGAUCCUCAACAUUGGAUGCUGGACGGAUUGCUCGACUUCAACUACUCAUACGCACCACCUCUGGAAGGCAUCUAG